AUGCCCCUCCACCGCGCGCUCAUCUUCCCCCGCCUCGCCCGCCCCCGCAAUACCCAUGGCCACCGCGCCUUCCACGCCACCCCCUCCCGGCGCUUCCUCGAGCCCACCCUAACCGCCACACACACCCUCCUCACCACCCUCCACACCACCACCGCCCUCCCCUGGUGCACGCUCAUCCCCCUCACCGCCAUCCUCCUGCGCGCGCUCAUCACCACCCCCACCACCAUCUACUCCCGCCAGCGCGCCUUCAAGACGCUCGCCCUGCAGCCCCUCGUCUCCGCCUGGCAGCACCCUCUCGCGCGCGCCGCAAAAGCCACCACAACAACCCCGCAGCAGUGGGAAGCCGCGACGCGCAAAGCGCUGCGCGGCAAGCGCGCCGAGAUCCUAAAGCGCCAUGGGUGCCAGCGGUGGAAGGCGUUUGCGGCGCCGCUGAUGCAGCUGCCCGUGUGGGUUGCGGCGUCGGUCACGCUGCGGGGAAUGACGGGGAGGGACGGGCUGCCGGAGUGGUGGCGCGGGAAGAAUGCCUCCCCCGACACUCUUGAUUCCACCCCCGACGCCCUCAAUUCCACCCCCGACACCCUCAUCCCCGACACUACCAGCGCCCUGGACACCGUCACCGCAGCAGAGCGACUAAUCCCCAUCGAGCCGUCCUUCGCCACUGAAGGCGCGCUCUGGUUCCCAGACCUGCUGGACGCAGACCCGCUGUUCAUCCUGCCGAUGGCGUUCUCGUUCCUGAUGUUUGCCAACAUCGAGAUGCAGAGCGCGCUGCACCCGCCAACCACGCGCACGCAGCGGGUGUUCACGAAUACGCUCAGGGUGAUCCCACUGGUGGCGCUGCCGUUGAUAUUAGAUAUGCCCGCGGCAUUAACGCUCUACUGGGCCACGUCGGCCGCAUACUCGCUUGUGCAAAACGUGGUACUCUCGGUGGCGAUGCCGCGCCCGGAGGAGGUCAAGGCGUGUAAGCCUGUGAAUCCGUAUGCGGUGGGGGACGCUGUUGAGACUACAGCGGCGGCGUCAGUGGAGGUGGGGAAGGCGGUGUAG